GAAUCCAUCAUCAAGCAGCAACAACAACAACAAUCCUUCUUCCUCUGCUCUUGACUGCGACCGAUCUCUCCUCCUCCCCUGCGCCGGCGGUUGCAGGGAGAGGACAAAGCCACCGCGCGCGCGAGCGUAGCCAUGGUUGUCAACAACAAGGUGGACACCCUGACGUACGACGUGGAGGCGGGGCAGCCCCGGGUCUCCGGCGCGUCGGCCGCGGCGGCUCCACCGCCGCCACCGCAUCAGCGGAGCACGUUCGUGGUGGAGCAUCACAAGGUCUCGGCGCCGGAGCGUCGGUCGACGGCGCGGGCGCUGGGGCAGAGGCUGGCGGAGAUCUUCUUCCCCGACGACCCCCUGCACCAGUUCAAGAACCAGUCUUUCGCCCGGAAGCUCGUGCUCGCCCUGCAGUACUUCUUCCCCAUCUUCGACUGGGGCUCCCACUACAGCCUGAAACUGCUCCGCUCCGACGCCAUCGCCGGCCUCACCAUUGCCAGCCUCGCCAUCCCACAGGGAAUCAGCUACGCCAAGCUCGCCAACCUGCCUCCAAUCAUCGGCCUAUAUUCGAGCUUCGUGCCGCCGCUCAUCUACGCGCUUCUGGGGAGCUCGCGGGACCUGGCGGUGGGCCCGGUGUCGAUCGCGUCGCUGGUGAUGGGCUCCAUGCUCCGGGAGGCGGUGGCGCCGGAGCAGCAGCCCAUCCUGUACCUGCAGCUCGCCUUCAGCGCCACCUUCUUCGCGGGGCUCUUCCAGGCGUCGCUGGGCUUCCUCCGCCUCGGCUUCAUCGUCGACUUCCUCUCCAAGGCCACGCUGACCGGGUUCAUGGGCGGCGCCGCCAUCAUUGUCUCCCUGCAGCAGCUCAAGGGCCUCCUCGGCAUCGUCCACUUCACCACACACAUGGGCUUCGUCGACGUCAUGGCCUCCGUAGUCCGGCGGCACAGGGAGUGGGAGUGGCAGACCAUCGUCAUGGGCCUCGCCUUCCUCGCAAUCCUCCUCGGAACGCGGCAGAUCAGCGCUCGGAACCCGAGGCUUUUCUGGGUAUCGGCAGCUGCUCCCCUGACCUGCGUGAUCGCCUCCACCGUCAUCUCUUACUUCUGCAGGGGCAACGCCAUCAGCAUCAUCGGCGACCUUCCAAGAGGAGUGAACCCUCCAUCCAUGAACAUGCUCCACUUCAGCGGCUCCUACGUCGCCCUUUCGAUCAAGACAGGGAUCAUGACCGGCAUCCUAUCCCUCACCGAGGGGAUCGCGGUGGGUCGAACGUUCGCGUCGAUCAACAACUACCAGGUGGACGGGAACAAGGAGAUGAUGGCGAUCGGGGUGAUGAACAUGGCGGGCUCCUGCGCCUCCUGCUACGUCACCACCGGCUCCUUCUCCCGCUCCGCCGUCAACUACAGCGCCGGCUGCCGCACCGCGGUGUCCAACAUCAUCAUGGCGACGGCAGUGCUGAUCACGCUCCUCUUCCUCAUGCCGCUCUUCCACUACACCCCCAACGUGAUCCUCUCCGCCAUCAUCAUCACCGCCGUGGCGGGGCUCAUCGACUUCCGCGGCGCCGCCAAGCUGUGGAAGGUGGACAAGCUCGACUUCAUGGCGUGCCUCGCCGCCUUCCUCGGCGUGCUCCUCGUGUCCGUCCAGGUCGGGCUCGCUGUCGCCGUGGGGAUCUCGCUCUUCAAGAUCCUGCUGCAGGUGACACGGCCCAACACCGUGGUGAAGGGGGUCGUGCCUGGCACGCAGAGCUACCGGAGCAUUGCGCAGUACCGGGAGGCAGUGCGCGUGCCGCCGUUCCUCGUCAUCGGCGUAGAGUCGGCGAUCUACUUCGCCAACUCCACGUACCUGGUGGAGAGGAUCAUGAGAUAUCUCAGGGAGGAGGAGGAGCGCGCCGCCAAGGCCAACAUCUGCUCCGUGCGCUGCGUCGUCCUCGACAUGAGCGCUGUAUCUGCGAUCGACACGAGCGGGCUGGACGCGCUGGCGGAGCUGAAGAGGGUGCUGGACAAGAGGAACAUCGAGCUGGUGCUGGCGAACCCGGUCGGAUCAGUGACGGAGAGGAUGUACAACUCGGUGGUCGGGGAGAUGUUCGGUUCGGAUCGCAUCUUCUUCAGCGUCGCCGAGGCCAUCGCGGCGGCGCCGUACAAGGCGGUGCAGCCAUGACCCAUCCACCCUGAUAGACCGCAUGUAAGCAGAGCACAGCCGCCGCCCAACGUAGACCAGCAGAAUUAAGCGGUAGGACAAGUGGAGGCGGCUCAAGUAGAUCGAUGCAUAGAAGAAGUAAGAAGACGGGGAAGAUUAAGAAGGAAUCAAAGUUAGUUUGUUCGAGUGUUGCUGUGCUUGACUAGGGAGAGUGAUCAGGGUAAGAACGAAAUAAGGGCAGUGCCGAUCUCCCCUCUUUUCUUCUCGUCGUGGAGAAGAGACUUUUUUGAACAAAAUGUACCACUAGUCAGCAUGCAGUUGUUGUAGAAGAAGAUGUAACUUGUAAGAUGCGUCAGAGGUAAUUAACUAAUGGAAGUUGAUUAAUUUCCUAGUCCAUCGGAUGCA